CUAUUCAGACCGGCCAAGGCGGUCUCGACCCAGAAGACAGACGCCGGCUGAAGAGCAUCCUGGCAUCGUGAGUAGCAGUGAGCUUGGCAGGCUAGUUACAGAUUCACCAACAUUUGAGGCGUUGUCGUUGAUUGACUCACCACCGUUAACCCCUCAAACAACUGAUGCUGAAGAGUCUGAUAAUGAGGAAGCGCCCCCUGAACAUGUAAGAUCUGGAUUUGGAUUUCGAAUUCUUGGUCCACAGACUCUUCGCUAUUCAGCCCGUCCACCCCGCCCGAAGUGGUCCGGAGGUGUACGCGGGCAGGGAAUGCUUGAGAAGCAUGCCGGUGAUGCAAACAAUAGCGAGCUUGUUCAAUCGAUUACUGAUUUGUCAAGAUCUGAGGCACUGUCAUUGACUGUCUCAUCUUUUUCAACAUCUGAGAAGCCCACAGAAGAUUCAGAUGACGAUACGGAAGAGGAGUUGCGCUUGCUUGAGGAAUACUUUGAUGCGCAUCCUCCUACCAGCAUCAGUCAAGCUUUUGAUGAACUUGAAGCUGCAAAUCAUGCUGCGCUUACUUCCCUAGCUGCCGAGUGGGGUAUUGAGCCACCACCGCCAUUAUCACCACCAAGGAGGCAAUUCCUAGCUGAUCAAGAACAACAAAAGAUGUCUACUGCAGUUGCUCAUCCUCAGCAUAGUACAGUACCCAGAAAACUAAGGCAGGAAGCUUCAGAUGAAGAAAUUGUUGAGAACGCAAAGAAAUGGAUGCGUGAUGAGGUAGCACUGGUUUUCGAAGACUACAUUGGAAGAAGAGACUAUCUCAAGAUAGUUGACUACCACCUCGACGAACUUUGCUACCAGUGUGUCAGUGUUGAGGAUUACCAUAACAUUUUCCACCACUAUAACUUUACGGUGAAGUUGAAGAAGGUUAACUCAGAUGAUUGGGUCGGUGCAUUGUACUUUGCAGAAGUGAAGCAGAUGUUUGGGAGAAAAUCCUAUUUCUGUUGCCGGUUGGAGCCGAAUGAAAAUGGUCAUUGCAAUGCAUGUCAAAAUCAAGGAGUGAAUGACCUGAGGCACCCAGCUACUCGUGGCUUUACUGGUGUUGGGUACGGUUCAUGGUAUCCAGAUGAAUUUUGACAAAGCUGGAAGCUGUUUAGCCAGACGGUUUCAGACGUUAUCUGUUAGCUUGUUGGAAUUUGUAUGUUGCAAUCGUCAAGGCUGUACAUUUAUGGUCCUAUUUUUAUUUUUGUUCAUAACCAGUAUUUGAUGCCUAUAGUAGGCAAUCGUUUCCUUUUGGGUUAGUUAUAUGCAUGCCAUUGUAAGUGGUUAGAUUGGGUGAAAUACCACUACUAUGUCCACCUAUUUGCAACCAUACUGGUAUAAUUCUAUCUUUAUUUGAGAUGUCAUUUUGUA